AGUCUCGCCUCGGCGUGCCCAGGAAGCGGACGUGAAGAUGAGAGGUAUUUGACCGUUACCCAAAACAAGUUUCAUUUAACUAUGUGCAGUGGAUAGAUGUCGUUGCAUCAAUGGUGACCAAAACAAACAGAUCGCAGCACUGAACCUCUCAUACCGGUUGGUGUUUGAGAGGCGGAGAGUGUUUAGUGUGUGUAUCGGUGAUUGGUGUCAAGUGGGGUUAGUGAUGUUGCUGCUCACAGAUGAGUGAUUCUCAACUGCACAGAGAUAAAAUGGCGCCCAAUUCUGAGGAAGACGGACCUCGUCUGACUUCAGUUAAAGACGGAAUUUGGGGUAACCAUGAAGACACCAACAAUAAGGAACAACAGCGGCCCCCCGUGUAUAACCCCGAGGAUUACGCCGUGUCUUUGCGCAAAUGGGGGCGCCGGUCAGGUGGCGGAGCCCAACUUUAUGGUCCCGGCUCCCCCGUAGAGGCGGAAUCUCCCGACGUGGCACACAAGAGCAAAAACUUACCUACCCUUAACGCACAACACAUCCAUCAGGCAUCUCCUGGACACAGCAACAAGGACUACCGGAACCCCAUCCUCACACCCACCACACCCCAGGGCGAGGAGAUGAGCCUCAGACAGUUCUCCAGUGUCACCGAGCUACUGGGCAAACUCAAGGCAGAUCUCAGACUUGCGUUCCCGAGCUUCGUCCAAGAGUUCAUCGGUGAUCCCUUGGACGGAGUCACUCUUCUUUUGGAGCUGCUCCGAGCUGUGCAGCUGAGUCAGGCGAACCAGCAGACCCGUUUUCCUCCCCCAGUACUGAGACGCGCCCUGCUGGACGAGCACUCGUGUCUCCAAUGUCUCCAUAGCUGUCUUCGUUGUCCUGAUGCAGCCAGAAGACUUGCUGCCUCACCGGCUGGUCUCUUCACUCUUGCUGUCUGCAUCAUGAGUAACGUUAGCAAGUCGCGCGUUAUAGCGCUAGAGCUGUUGACAAAAGCGUGCGAACCUCCGGGUUAUGGGCAUGGACCUGUGUCAGAAGCUCUCUCCACAUUGCGUUUACGUUUCGGGGAACCGGUGCGAUUUCGCUUUCUGGUGGGCAUGUUGAAUAGUGCUGGGGGCUGCCCAGAGUUGCACGCAGCAGGCCUCAGGUUCAUCAACACACUGGUAGAGACAGCACCAAAUCCACAGAGCAGAUUAUACUUGCAGGCCGAGCUCGAACAGGCAGGCUUCCAUGUCAGCAACAUGAGAAAGAUCCUGCCUUCGAAUCUAACUGCGGCAGAACACGUAAGGACUGAGUUGUCACGAUGGGAGAACAACUAUACAGAUGUGUCAGUCCUGAAGACCAGAGCAGAACAGGCGGAGAGGGACAAGGAGACUCUGGUGGAAAAGGUCACACUUCUGGAGCGACGUAUUCAGAUACUGCAGGAAGAGAAAGGCAUACUGUUGUCUCUGGAACAGUGCCUGAAACAAAGGUGCUCCGAAUUGGAAGAAGAGGUGGCUACUCUCCGUUCCUCCCAGUCAUCCAAACGGCAGCACGGGAGUAAGGGUACUGUUGAAGACUCUUCUAAACAAGGAUCUGGUUCCACUCCAGCUGAGGAUGAAGGCAUCAGUUCUUCAGACCAAGAUCAGUCCCUGUCUCAGGAUGAAGACUCUGGUGACAUUGAACGAGAGCCAAUGGUAUAUGAACUAUUUGCUGUCCAGAAUGACACAAUCCUCGUUGAGAGAAAUGGAUUGAGAAAAAAUGGAAAUAAUGACAUCGUCAUGAAAGAAACAAGUGUAGAUCAACUAGAUGAUGAUGAUGACGUGUCAAAACGUGGUGAUGAUGAUGAUGAAGAUGAAACAACAAUUGAUGAAGUUAUAGAAGAAUUAAGGAACAUUAUAAACGAUGCUGAAACAGAAGCAUAUGCAGCUGAGGCCGCUGAGAAAGCUGCAGCAGUUAAAAUGAAGCAGAAGGAGCUUGAAGAGAAAUGGGAUGAGGCAAAGAAAAAGACUAAGAAAAUAGACUUAGAGACAGGUAAGAACAAAAAUCAUCAUAAAGUAUCACCUUAUCAACAUCAUCACCAUCAUCAUCAACAACAAACUGAUUCCAAGAAACGUUCUUCUGGGAAAUAUGGUAAGCAAGUGACAUCUAUAGAAAUCCAGCAUCCAUCAUCAGAAGCUGAGGUUGAGAUCGUACCAACAUGUCUUCUGCCACAACCGCCAAGAAGAGCUCGAAGUCUGGUUCAUUUACUCCUGAAUCCAGGACGGGAUGUCUAUAUUGAUGAUACUGGAACUGGUCAGAAUCCCUUCUUUGAUGAUGAAACUCCAAGUCACACCAGUGAGGAAGACUCUGAUUCGCUACUGAGUGCUGCCAGAGAAAGAAGCACUACUUCAACAGCUACUGGAAGUACAUGUUUUCAUAAUAAGGAUAUUCAAAGGACAUGCCUUGUUGAUACCAGCGAGACAAGCAAGGGAAGCGGUCAUUUGCUUCAGCUCUUCCAACAGCCCUGUGGAAAUGAUGAUUAUAGGUACAAGGUAACAGAUAGUAAGACCAGCACCUCUGCAAAACAGUGUAGCCUCCAGAGCGGCAAGGAAAGCAGUAAGAGAAACAGUGGUAACACAAUACAGAAUAUGAAGUUCAAGGCCAAUAAUAAAGCCUCAGCUGCUGUGGUUAUUAAACACAGUGAGUCCUUCCAUUACAAGAGCCAUGAAGAACAGCAUCAGCGGGCUAAAAACAACGGCCAACAGGAAUGCCAGUAUAAAACAAAGGAGGAAGUAAUCGAUAAUCAGAGAUUCUCAUCAAAAGAGGACGUUUCUGAGAACAGAAGAUUAAUACAAAAAGAUGAAGUUUCAGGAAAUAGAAGGCCAUCAACAAAGGAUGAAAUUUCAGGCUGUAGAAGAGUAAAAUCAAAGGAAGAUUUUUCAAGAAGCAAAAAUCUAAGGUCAAAGGAUGAAAGUUCAGAAAGUAGACCAAUUUCAAGACAAAAGUGUGGAAGUUUUGAUGGUUUAUUUUAUGUGACAGAUCUCUCAAAUUCUCCAGAAAUAACUCCAAAACAAAAACAUCAGAGAUCACCGUCUUCGGAGACGAAUUUUUCUGGUGCACAUAAAGAAUUGGUAAACCCAUCAUUUUCUGCAAAGAAACUGAAGUCAAAGAGCUUGGACCGCAUUGAUGAAGGAUUAGAUUCGCUUGUAGAUAUUGUUAUGACUUCAUCUGACCGAGGACGCAGUAGAACGAGCAGUGGAAGAGGCUCAACUGAGGACUGGAGCUUAGAGUGGGGAAAGAGUUAUCUUGAAUCUCGGUCCAGAAGGAGUUUAACGGAUGCUGCUGUGGCUUACAGCACUCCCCCACCUGUUGUCAUUGUACCAAGGUCAUCAUCAUCUCACAACCAUCAUUCAUCACAGCCAUCAUCCUUGCAGUCAUACAGAGACUGCCAUAACAUUUGCUUCCCCAGGCAUCAUGAUAAUGAACCCUCUGCAGUGUCUAGCAAUAAACGAUAUCCUCCAGAUGGAUCAUGUCACCCACUCUUCCUUCCAUCAUCCCCUAGCAAAGGGAGUUCUUUUGAAUCCAUUCCUCAGCUGAAUCACCAAUCACCAACAAACUCCCAUAGUAAAACUGGUAUAACCAGCAGUAAGUCAUUCGUCAUCAAGAGAGGACAUAUAAAUGCAGGGUUAUAUUCAGGGUUUCAUGUUAACAGGGGCUCACCAGCACAUAUGCUGAUGAAGCCACAAAUGGUGACACCUGCGAGAGAGUACUGUAAUAAGUCACACUCGUCACCUGUUAGCUCUCGUAAUUCAGGUCAUAUGCCACCGGGAAAAGUCACAGACCUUCCUUCCGGACUGUACUGAGAGCACAAAUUCAAGCCAUUUUCUGUGUGCAUUACUGUCUGUUCCAGGUUUUGGCAGUGAUAUUUAACUUAUAUGCUCAGAGUUUUAUUACUGGAAUUGGAAAUGUUGUCUGUGCAGAGGUGAAUACUGAAUAGAGGAGCCAACAAAAUUGUGGAGGUAUAUCAUGCUCCAACUGCCCAGCAUUCAUCUCACCUAAUGAUUCUCUAAAAAUUUCUAACUGCAGUUAAUUAUUGACCUGAUUCUAUUCCUGUUAUCAGGAUAUUGUUUAUAAUUACACAGAUAGGUAUUUCUUCUUUGUUGUUUAUGUCUUCAUUGUUACUGGUAGUCAAACCCAGAAUCCUUUGAGCAUUAGAAAUUUGCGUUGACCACAAAACAAAGUGUUGCCUACCUUGUUUUGCUAGAUGAGCAAGGACUCCUCCUCCUCCUCCUCUUCCUCUUCCUCUUACUCUUCCUCUUCCUUCUGUACUCAAUACAACAUAUUUUUUGGUCAUGUUUCCUCUGUUAUUUGUUUAGUAUGGCCACACCAUCUCAAUGCUCUAUGUUCUAUGUCUCUAAAUAUUAAUAAAGUGAUAUCCAUUUUGUGUUUCAUGCCUCACUCUGUUUUCCUUUGCCAUCUGAAAAAAAUCUUUAAUACUGGAAUCACUGAUCCUUAUUUUAGCUUGUAAUUCAUCAAUCAAUAGCCACAUUUCACCUCAAUUAUAACAGAAUGGUUUAAACUACAUAUACUGUGAACAAUUAAGAAAGCAUUAUGAAUAUUUUUAAAUUUUUGUGGAUAAAAGAGCCCGUUCUUAGAACACCAAGCUGCCUCUGGGCAUGUGGUUUCCUCUAGUAUUGAAAAUAAAAGCAACAGAACAAUCCUGAUUUCAGGCUUUCAUAGUGGUUCAUUUUUAUGUUGAUCCCUCUCUUGGGUAUUUGCACCAUCUGGAAGUGGACUUUGUUGCCGAUGUUCUGGAGGAACUGGCAACCUCCAUUUAUGGAAUAAAAAUUCAAGGUGCAAAUACCUGAAAAGGGGCAAUCAUCAAAAAUAAAAUAUUACCUUUCAGUAUAAUUACAAUCACCUGAUGAUGACAGUCUAUCAGAAUCCUGAAUUGUGUACGAGUAUAUUGCCGCAUGCUAGUGACUACACAACAGUGUUUUUAUUGGUAAUUGGAUUUAUUGAACGCUUAUAAACAGUAAUUACAACUAAAUAUAGUGCUCUCACUAAAUCACACACUUGACUUCUCAAUACAGCACAUGCUUAGCCCUCUCAGUUUGUCUUCACUAGACGUUUCUAGCUUUUGGCUCCUAACAACAUAGCUUCCUCAGCUUCUGUGUUUACAUCCUUAUGGGCUGGCAACUAUCUCACAACUGACAGCUUCAAGCCAAAGGAACAUUACAAGUGAUGGUCAGUUGGCCAGUCGGUCUCGGAGUCAUAUCCCUCACAACCCUAUGGGCCUCCAUGGCCUUUUACGGGGAUACCUUCACAUUUUUACUAGAUAACAGGAGAAUAUAAAAACAGUAAAAAACUAGUUAGGUGAAAAAUUACUAAAUGGUAUGGGCAUUUCUUAAAUGAAAGAAUAAUGAUUACCGUGCCAGGCACUGGAAUGGAGUCCGGUAGGACAACAGAGAAAGAGUAGACAGUCUAGAAUAAGAAUACAGUAAAACUAAUGAAGGAAUAAGCCUGCCAAGGGAAGAUGAAAAUUGUGAAAUAUGAAAAUAUGGCCUGGGUAACACAUCAACAAAGCAGAAGGAUAUAUCACAGUGAGACCUGCAACUUUUUUUGGAACAAUUGUGUGCUGAAUAUUUAGUAGAAUCAAAGAAAUAGUGUCUGAUGUCAAGCAGAAUGAUAUCUAUUGUGUGAUUAACUUUGCAACAGCGCAUUUUAUUCUGCAACAAAUCAAUAUCAAGGCCAAAAAGGAUUGAAAAAAUUCCAUUCAUAAAAUGUGUGCUAUAUUUAUAUUAUUCCAUUCUUUUUCUUAUUUAGACUAACAUUAGGAUUUAUUUCAUAGUUAAAAAUUAUGUUUUAAUAAUAACAGAAUUACUGCUUUAGCAAAUAAGAAUUUUAUAAAAAUGUUAUUAAAAUGUAACAUAUAUUUAUACUUAUGAUACUUACGAGAUAUAUAUCAGAGUGCAAUAUUUAUAGAUUUUAAACUAGAUAUAUAUACAUAGAGAUGGAUAAAGCUUAACAUUUUAAAAUAUGUACCUGCCAUAGUAAUACUGAGAAGUCAUAUUUUACAUACUGUCUUACAACAUGUUGCUGUGUGGUUGACAGUAGAAAACUGACACAUUUUAGUCUGCAGUUCAUCAUUUAUCUAAAUUGGUGAAAUAAUAAGAUUUCAGGUUCUCAUGGCAUGACGUAUCCAUAUCAUGGUCCUCUGGGAUAUAAUGCUGUGUAGCUUAACAGAUGUGAACCAAUCGUCUCAAAUGUGAAGUUGUGUACCUUGUGAUAGGUACCACUAUACCACACCACAUAGCAUCACAUCCCAGGUGACACUGAUCUCAAUGUGUAACUGUUCUUAAUUAUUUCUCAUAUGACUCCAUAAUGUAAUGACCACUCAGCAUUUUAGUUGGCGAUGUCAGUAUGUACAUAAUUGCAAUUAUGGAUUCACUGAGGUGGAAAUUGUGUUUAGAAUGUAUAGAAAUUUAUAAAAUACCCUUGUUUCUUCAUGGCAGCAAGUGAAGUGACAGAAAUUUAUUUGCUGUUUUUAAUUAUUAUAAAAUUUUUUGAUAUGAAGUGUCUUAUGUCAUGGGGAUGCAAUAUAACAGUAGCAGUUUUUGUGUGCAUUUCAUUAUGAAGCAGAAUGGUAUGGGUGUAGUGAUACAUUGGUCUUUUGACAUUGUGUAACUUCUUAAGUUGAAGUAUUGCUCUUAAAUAACCUAAGAGUGAAUUAUAUUUUAUGUGUGUUCAAUUUAAAAUUUCAUGUUGUACAGUGCUUUCCUUGUUACUAAUUUAUUGUGUAAUUGAAGGCACAUUGAAACUUUUGGAAAGCCAGAGAAUGGAAACAAAUUCUAUGAAUAAUACAGAUAUGAAGUGAUCAUAGGGUGAUUAUAAACAUUACAACAAAGUCAAUGUUCUUUUUCUAAGAAAAAUUCUAGUACUCACAAUUGUUGUGUAGAUUCAUCACCUUUUCAAGUUUUUUGACAAAGAAAAAUAGAUCUUGUAAUAUCAAGAAACUGAUUUCACGUUUGAAAGCCACCAGCAUGACUACAUCUUGUCUAUAUAGCUUGCUAAAAUGAAAUUAAUUUUCAGUCCAUUAUUUUCUUUGUUUUAGUAAAGGAUUUCUAUUUUAUUUGUUAGACUUAUUUGGCAGCACAAUGUCCCACUGUACAUUACCAGAAAGACAUCCUUUCCUCAGAACUCAGAAGUGCCAAGUGUACCAUACAUUUACUUCAUCCACAACAAACUAAUCUUUCAAAGUUUUCAUGCAUCAUCAUAAGGUUUCUUGGAGCUCACCUACUCUGAUUUUAUUAUUAUUAUUUCAAUCUUUCAGUCAUAGUAGAUUUUUAAGUACACUAAGAAAAUUAAUAAAAUUUUUACAAAUACAGGUAAUAUUGCAACCACACUGUAGGGUGACUUCUGAUGGUAGUAACAUUUCUGUUUUCAGUAAAAUUAUGUCUUCAAAUAUAACUUUCCAACAGAAUCAGAUUUACAAUGAGACUCUGAAUCACAGCUGUUAAUUUCAAGAUAUUUAUUUAUUGUACUAAGAUUGUCUAUUAUUAUAUCCUAGAAAUAUAUCACAUUUUUGCAGAUUCAUACUACUUGCUGUCAUGUAUAUACGUAGUACAUUUCCAUUUAAAGAUGUAUGUUCAGUAUUACCAGUUAUAUUUUUAGCUGUAAUGGAAUUCAUUCAUUCAUCAGUAAUCUGUCAAGACGACAGGUCCACAGUCUCUUCCAAAACAGUUCCUCCA